AUGGCUUCCCGUGCGAGAAUCGCUGCCCUGGGUUCGAGUACCCAGGUCCGUAGCACCCCUGAUAGCCGCCCUGUUGGUCUUGGUACCAUCCCGGGGCUUCUGGCGCUCCAUAUGGCCCUCUCCAGCACGCGGACCCCUUGCUGUCCGCUCUACCCCGCGGCUGGUGAGUUGGGUUGGGUCGAUGCGAAGUUCGACCCACCUCGGGUCGACCCGAAUUGGUCCAGCCAGACCAAGUUCGACCCACUCCAGUCCGACCUGGUUCGGUCCGCUCACCUUCGGUUCGACCCGGCUCAAUCCGCCCACCUUCAGUUCGACCCAGCUCGGUCGUCCGCCUACAAGUCAACCUGGUUCGGUCCGCCAGUACCGGUCAGCACCAAAGGAGCGACCCCAUCCGACCUGUUGGGUCAGCCGCCCAGCCCGGUCCGCCACUCCUCUCGGCCAUGA